UUAAUGGGAUAUUUCUCUUUCGCUCAUGUGACCAAAUGGAAAUAGCUAUAUAGACAAUCAAUUAAAAAAACAUUAUAACUUCCUUAAUAUCUUCCUAAUGAAGAACUGGAUAAAAUUUGGAAGUAAUUUGGAUUCAGACCUUCGACAUUGUUGGAACUCACUCUGCAAUAAGCCAACAGAUUCCAAGAGGAACUCAAAAGAACCUAGCAACCUAUUGCUAAAUUAAAACUUUUACAUAACGCUAAUGAUUAUUGGUAAUAAUUGAGAGACCUAAGCUUUGAUUAAGGCCCCAUUAAUAAUGAAAUUUAAAAAAAAGGGGAAAAAAAUUUUUAUUUACAAUUAAAAAUAUAUUUUUUAGUUUUAUGAUGGGA